UCCCACUCCCACAUCCCCGGUCCGUGUUCUGAAAGGGGCCACCUCGCUGCCAUUUCUGGUCGAGAAUCCCUUCUUCUUGGUUUUCAAGCCAAGAAAUGGAAAUCAAUGGCACUUUUCAGUUUCACGUGGCUGUUACUUCCAUUCGAGUCUACCACUUUUCCUCAACUAUACAUAUUGGCUCCUUCGUUAUGCAUUGGUAUUACAUCUAUAGAAGCAGAGGUGGCUCCAGAUUUCAUUUUCCCAGGAAAAGAAAGCUCAGAAGUUAUAAGAUCCAAAAUGAAUCCACUUGUGAAGGUGAAGGCACAGGAUGAUCAGUUUUCACCCAGAAAUGAUACUGGAUUAUUGCUAUUUUUGAGGACUAUUAACACUCUAUCCAUGCAAGCUGAGGACUAUCAGAGCCAUUCCCCUUCACCUGUUGACAGAAUCACAAAGAUUCAUGUCCCAAACAUCCAAACACAAUCGAGUCCUAUGUCCCAAGGGACAAUGAAGAACAAUGUCAGACAUAUUAGUAAUAGCAAAUCAAAUGUUAGAGCUAAUUCAGUUCUGCGUCCAAGAGCGGUCCUAUCUAGUCCAGAUAAUGAUGGGAUGAUUGGAAGCAUAAACAAACUAAUGGAAGAUAGAUCUUUGGAUCAUAGUAAGAAAGAGAAGAUGCCAUUGCUAGCCCAAAUCAAGACUGUGCAUAAUCAGGUUAAGGCAGCAGUGUCUCUGAACACAAGAAAAGGCUCCAAAGGGGUUUCAGAUAGAGAGAGUGGUAUAAAGCAAAGGAAAUCAGGUCCUGAACCUGUAACACAAAAACAGAAGCCACGUCUCGGAGAAGGAAAAUCGAGCCUCAAUGCAGUAUAAAUCUCGAACCUAUUUGAUUGAAUUGUGCUUGUACUUGGCACGAUUCUGCAGUUUCAGAAACUUCAGCUAUAUAUCCCAAAUGCCUUUUGUUCUCUCCUCUUGAUGUUUGGUUUUCAACUUCUCUUGUGCAAUGUACAUGGCUGAUCUUGGGGAAUAUACGGCUGAUAAACUUGACUUCGAAUUGUACUUUGCCUCAUGAAUCCUAUCUUUAUACGCUAUGAGAUGCUGUAUUAAAGAGAAAUACAAGAAGAAAAAGCAGUAACCA